AUGGCUCAGAGGAAUGGUAGCUACGGAGGUGAAGUUGUUAUCGAUCUUUCAGAUAAAGAAACGUUGAAAGAUCGAUCAGCAUCUGCUCCUCCCAGUGUAGCGCCUACACCAAAGCCAGAUACCGAGCCUUCAAAACUAGAGCCGUUAAGCAUUCCCCCUCCUGAAAUCUACAAGUUCUCUGGUAGUGUUCACAAGCCUCCUAAAGCUCCAAGUCCUAACAAUGAAGGUCUAGUUCGGAGGAGAUCUCUUUCGAGGUCAGUUUACUCCAGGUCCAAGUCAAGGUUUGGAGACCAAAAGUCUUAUCAAUUCGAUAAGAUUAAGGAAGAUGAAACUGGUGGAACCCUCAUGGAACAGUUUGCUACUGCUUCAUUUGCAAGGUCUUCUUUCAUCAGCAGGGCUUCCCCUAAUAAUAUAUCGAAUAGGAGCAUUGCUUCAGCAGCCUUGAGUAGAGUAGCUGAGGAGGAGUCGGAUGAACAUGAAGAAAUCUACAGAAAGGUUAAGUUAAACCGAGCCAAGCGUAGUGGAGUAAAGACUCUGGCUCUGCUGGAGUUGCUAGUGUUUGUGGCCAUUUUGUGCACUUUGAUUGUGAGUUUGACUAUUGAUAAGGUGAAGAAGCAUCGCAUUUGGGGUUUGGAAGUUUGGAAAUGGUGUGUGCUUGUGAUGGUGACAAUCAACGGCAUGUUUGUGACGAAUUGGUUCAUGCAUUUCGCGGUUUUCCUCAUAGAAAAGAACUAUCUCUUAAGGAAAAAAGUGUUGUACUUUGUGCAUGGUUUGAAGAAGAAUGUUCAAGUCUUCAUUUGGUUGAGCUUGAUUCUGAUUGCUUGGGUAAUUCUCUUCGACGAAGAGGAAAAACGCACUCGUAAGACGAAGAAAUUCCUCGAUUUUAUGACUUGGACUAUUGUUAGUCUUCUCGUCGGGUCAUUCCUUUUUCUUGUGAAGACAUAUGCCUUGAAAGUCCUUGCUUCAAAGUUCAACGUCAGAAAUUUCUUUGAGAGAAUUCAAGAAUCUGUGUUUCACCAAUACAUUCUCCAGACGCUCGCGGGUCCUCCGGUCAUAGAAGAGGCAGAGAGCCUAGGGCGCGAGCCGAGCACGGGCCACCUUAGUUUCACGAGCACCAAAGAUGGGUCGGUGAAAGGAAAGAAAGUGAUAGAUAUGGGGAAGGUUCACAGGAUGAAACAAGAAAAGGUUUCUGCUUGGACAAUGCGAGUUUUGAUCGAAGCCGUGGGAGGUUCGGGUCUUUCAACCAUAUCUAACACUUUAGAUGAGGUCAGCAAUAGAAAAAAGAACACUGAUAAAGAGAUAACUAAUGAAAUGGAAGCUAUGGCUGCUGCUUAUGAUAUAUUCAACAAUGUUGCUAAGCAGAAUCACAAUUGCAUAGAUGAAGAUGACCUUCGUAGGUUCAUGAUUAAGGAAGAAGUAGACCUUGUACUCCCAUUAAUAGAAGGCGCCGAGACCACGGGAAAAAUCACACGCAAAGCUUUUACAGAUUGGGUGGUUCAAGUUUACACAAGUCGGAAAGCUUUAGGACAUUCACUGAACGACACGAAAACAGCGGUUAAGCAGGUAGACAAACUUAUAACGGGAAUCUUGACCGUUGCUACAUUAAUCAUUUGGUUGGUACUUUUGGAUAUAGCAUCGUCCAAGUUAUUGCUGGCCUUGUCCACACAAUUCGUGGGUCUUGCUUUCAUGAUCGGAAGCACUUGCAAGAAUAUCUUCGAAUCCUUUGUGUUCGUCUUCGUGAUGCAUCCUUAUGACGUCGGUGACCGUUGCGUUGUGGACGGUGUACUGUUGAUGGUUGAAGAAAUAGAUCUAUUAACUACCGUGUUCCUCAAGAUUGACAAUGAGAAAGUGUUCUAUCCAAAUGCGGUUUUAGCCUCGAAACCGAUAAGCAAUUUAUACAGAAGUCCAGAUAUGGGAGAUUCCGUAGAGUUCUCCAUCGCAUUCUCAACACCCGCAGCGAAAAUCUCCGCUUUCAAAGAAAAAUUCGGAGAAUACUUGGAACAGAACCCACAUCAUUGGUAUCCAGGACCCUUGGUUAUGGUAAAGGCGAUUGAAAAUAUGAACAUGCUAAAACUGAAUGUGUUGGUCCUCCACACGAUGAACUUCCAAAAUUACUUAGAGAGGAAUAUAAGAAGAACCGGGCUGGUAAUCGCGAUCAAGCGAAUGCUCGAGGAGCUUGAGAUCGAGUACACACUCCUUCCUCAAGAUGUUCAUCUCAUUGGUCACAAGCCAGAAUAA